AAAGGUAGACAGUUGUGGCGCCGGUGGGAGCGUGCGUUAGCGGGCAGGGGCAGGUAAAGGGGGGUUGAGCAAUUGUUCAGGAUUUGGGGCAUCGACGUUUGAGCGCGUGUGUGGGCACGUGUGUUUGUGAAGAUUGUGGGUAGGUGGCUAGUUUGGCUGACUGCAAGAUAUUGCAUUUGGAAGCAAGAUUGGCGACUGGUUUUCCUCGAGAUGCUUGGAUUCGGCGGUUUUGCUAUGGAUGCCGCCUGCUGCCACUGCUAGAAGGACAGCUGCAUCAUGUACAAUGGCAUAGGACUGCAGACAGUUCGUGGAUCAGGCACCAACGGGUACGUACAGAACAAUCUCUCGUUCGUAAAGCACACCCGUGAUAAGGUUAAGUACAGGGACGAGGAGGACCUGAAGCGACUAGACGCCCAGGUGAACCGCGAGCCCAACGAGGAGAUACUCGACCAUCAGCGCAAGCGCAAGAUCGAACUCAAGUGCGUGGAAUACCAGGAGUUGUUGCAGGAGCAGGGCCUUUCGCCGGACACGCUGCAGCGACGUGUCGACAGGUACCGCGAGAAGCUCGCCGACAAGCUUCCCAAGGAGAAGUCAAAGCCGGAGCGUGACGAGCAGGGCCGCCUGGUAGCCAAGGAGUCGCACCAAAUGGCCGAGGCGCAGCAGGAAAAGAACGCGAGAUUGAAGGAAGCUUUUGGCAUCUCAGAACAUUUCGUGGAGGGCAGCAGCUUCGACCCAAACCGGCGCGCGAAGGAGGACGAGGCACGUAAGGAAAAGGAGUUGAAGAACAAGGAGAAAGCGGCGGUGGCCCGCUCACCGAGCGUCAGUGUCAGUCCCUCUCCCAAGAAAAAGCAUAAGAAGGAUAAAUCCAGGGCCGACAAGAAGGCGAAGAAAGCCAAGAAGCAAAAGGACGACAGAGAAAAGACCAAGUCUCACAAGAAAAAGAGCAAGGACCGGAAGAAGAAGGCGAAGAAGCGACGCGACAAGUCACCCGAGUCGUCCGACUCUGAGGGCAGUCGCUCGGGCUCGGCCGACGACUCUGCUGACGAGGAGGAAAUGGCUGAGCGCAACGGCUCGCCGGCGCCGGCGCCACGCAGGGCCAGCCGCUCGCCGGCGCCGCGCGCGCGUCGCUCCCCCAGCGCUGAGAAGCCGAUUCGAAACGGCGCCCGCCACCAGAGCGAUGACAGCGGCGACUCGCCUCCGCCGACCAAGAAGCCCCGCGCGCGCAGUCCCGAGUCGGCCCCGGCUCGGCAGCGCCACGACAGUUCCGACUCGGAGCCGCCACCGCCGCGUGCGCAAAAGGGUGGCUCGCCCACUGCUAGCCCAGCGAAGGCGGGCCGGCGGCGGCCCGUGUCACCGUCGCCCGCGCCGCGCCGCAGCCCCAGCACGCAGUCUGACCAGGUCGGCAAGGCUGAGCGCAGCAGUAGACACAGCCCCAGUGCCAGCCCAGUCGACAAGCAGACUGCGAAAAGCGGUGGCGGCCGGCGCGGCAGCUCGUCGCCUGAGGCGCGGCGACCACGCUCGCCGUCGCCGGCAAAGCGCCGCUCGGCGCGCCGCAGCCGCAGCUCGAGUGCGUCCUCUGACGACUCCCGCGACCGGCGCGAGCGGCGUCAGCGCUCGGACAGCCGAGGCCGCCGUCGCCGCUCACGCUCGCGCAGCCGCGACCGUCGCCGCUCGCGCUCCCGCAGCGACCGACGCCGCUCGCCAUCCGGGGGCCGGCGCCGUCGCUCCCGCACGCGCAGCCCGGUGCGACGUCGCUCGCGCACGCGCAGUCCGGUGCGGCGCCGCUCCCGCACACGAAGUCCCGUCCGGCGCCGCUCCCGCACGCGCAGCCCGGUGCGCCGUCGUUCCCGUACGCGCAGUCCAGUUCGUCGUCGCUCUCGUACGCGUAGCCCCGUGCGCCGUCGCUCUCGCACGCGCAGCCCCGUGCGCCGUCGUAGUCCCGUGCGUCGUCGUUCUCGCACGCGCAGCCCGGCGCCGCCACGUCGUCGACGUCGCUCCAGCUCGUCG